AUUAGCAGAUACAACCAAAGAAUAGUGUACUGGAGAAAAUGCGUAAUCUCUAGUAGCUACCCAGCCUAGAACUGGAAUUUCUGGUUUGAUAUGUGCUGAGUUCUGUCCCUGGAUUUUAGAAGCCCUUUACCAGUCUCUGCUUCCUCUUGCUUUAGGUUCGACUCGCACUGAUUUGGGCCUGCAGUCCCAGGAUGGUUUGUUCUCGGGACCAGACCUGACCAGAAGUUGACCUCAUGAGCACAUCAGCCUCUCCCGCUGCCAUGCUCCUCCGGAGGCUGAGGCGGCUCUCCUGGGGCAGCACUGCUGUCCAGCUCUUCAUCUUGACGGUGGUGACGUUUGGCCUGCUGGCCCCCCUGGCCUGUCACCGGCUUCUACACUCUUACUUUUACCUUCGCCAUUGGCAUCUGAACCAGAUGAGCCAAGAGUACCUGCAACAAAGCUUGAAAGAGGGUGAAGCUGCCCUCCACUACUUUGAGGAGCUGCCCUCCGCCAACGGCUCAGUGCCCAUCGUCUGGCAGGCCACCCCACGGCCCUGGCUGGUUAUCACCAUCGUCACUGUGGACAGACAGCCUGGCUUCCACUACGUCCUGCAGGUGGUGUCCCAGUUCCACCGGCUUCUGCAACAGUGUGGCCCCCAGUGCGAGGGGCACCAACUCUUCCUGUGCAACGUGGAGCGCAGCGUGAGCCAUUUGGAUGCCAAGCUGCUGUCCAAGUACGUCCCCGUGGCCAACCGCUACGAGGGCACUGAAGAUGAUUACGGCGACGACCCUUCGACCAACUCGUUUGAGAAGGAGAAGCAGGACUAUGUCUAUUGCCUGGAGUCCUCCCUGCAGACCUACAACCCCGACUACGUCCUGAUGGUGGAAGACGACGCCAUUCCCGAAGAGCAGAUCUUCCCAGUCUUGGAGCACCUGCUGCGGGCUCGCCUGUCUGAGCCGCACCUCAGAGAUGCCCUUUACCUGAAGCUCUACCAUCCCGAGAGGCUGCAGCACUACAUCAACCCCGAGCCCAUGCGGAUCCUGGAGUGGAUCGGGGUGGGCAUGGUGCUGGGGCCUGUGCUGACCUGGAUAUACAUGCGGUUUGCCAGCCGCCCGGGGUUUAGCUGGCCAGUCCUGCUCUUUUUUUCCCUGUAUAGCAUGGGGCUGGUGGAACUGGUGGGCCGGCACUAUUUCCUGGAGCUGCGGCGGCUGAGCCCUUCCCUGUACAGCGUGGUCCCUGCUUCGCAGUGUUGCACCCCAGCCAUGCUCUUCCCUGCCCCUGCGGCCCGCCGGACCCUCACCUACCUGUCCCAGGUGUACUGCCAUCAGGGCUUUGGCAAGGACAUGGCACUGUACUCACUGUUGAGGGCCAAGGGGGAGCGGGCCUACGUGGUGGAACCCAACCUCGUGAAACACAUCGGGCUCUUCUCCAGCCUCCGGUACAACUUUCACCCCAGACUGCUCUAGCGGGCCACGAAAUGUCUUUCUGAAAUUGGCCGCUUCUUGGAGAUUCAAAUACUGAGCUCUUUAUUUAGACACGAUUGCUUGCAGAUAUUCCGUUGUUUUAACGUUGCUGAGGUCGUAGAUACUGGGAUGGCAGAAGAACAGACCAGUUGAGAACCUUGGCAGGAGAAGCAGUUGGCCACAGAUCCAGACCUCUGUCCCUCCACACAGCCACACUGCCUCAUGCAGUCUGAUCCACCCACCGAGGGGGGAGUCUAAAUACCAGUUAUAGUCUCCAGUUGUCUUCAGCUGUGCUUCGUGAUAGAGAUUGUGACUGCCAAAAGUAUUGCACACCGUGAUGUGACUGGUUAAGUAUUUUAAGGGUAGAAUUUGGUGAAAGGUGAGAUCCCCUUGAAUCGAUUUCUUUCUCACUGGCCAUGAGAAUGGAUGUGUUUAGAAUGUAUGUCUAAAGAGGCAGGGUCAUGUUGAUAGAUUCCACUUGUUUCCUUGACUUGAUGUCAUGAAAGCCGAUAGAAGCUGUGCAGCGCCUGGCAGCUUGGAGGCAGGUGACCGGCUUCUGUUACCUGCCUUUUCUUUUCUGCACUGUAGUGCACUGAUAAUCAAUAUUGUUAGUGAGAACUUAAGGGCACAGCAGAAUUCGAAAGCACCUUAUGGAUCAUCAAAGUCAGAUUGCUUGUGUUUAUUAGUCACUUAAUAUUGAAGAUUUCUGUCAUAUUCUGAUAAUUUGAAAAUUGGACAUUGCAGAUUGAUGUAGAAUGAGGGAGCUCUUUAUGAACUGCAUAUCCCUUUCCCUAACUUUGCUAACCAGUCAUCCUCAUUUCUUUUCUUCUAGGUAGCAUGAUGAUACAGAAAAAAAUACAUGGGCUGUGAAGUCAGAGGACCUGGAUUAUUAUUUCAGAUCUCUCUUAUGUCCUGGUGUUGUGAACUUGGCCAAGUCAAGACCACUCUGAGUCUCAGUUUCUUCACCUGUAAAAUGGGGACAGUGGUACUUACUUUUAAAGUUGCCUUGAGGUUUAAAUGACAGAACGUAUGUAAAACACCUUAUAAGUGCUUAGCCCAGAAGGGGUACUUUGUAAAUUUUAGUUAUUUUCUCUCCUGUAAUAAGCAUAUGAAAAUCAAGUGUAUUUUGGAUAAAGAUACUGAUGAUAGUGUUUAGAGUGUGAGAUAGGACAUGGGGCAGCUGUUCCAGACCAACCACUGCUAGAAUAAAGGUUGACUUGUCAUUGUGACUUCUGAAGGGAAUGCAGCUUUCCACUGGACCCACCUCCAACCAAGCCCAAAGUACUUUUCAUUCAAAUUAGAAGUGAUCUGAGACUCCUCUUGAGCUUAUUAUUCCAAGACUAUCACGUGAAAAUUACUUUUCUCAAAAGUUACAGAUAAAUGGCCUUUGACGAUACUGAUCAAACCAGUAGACGACAAGUCCGUUCAUGAGGACAGGUGGUCAUAUUAGAGUUCAAGCAGUUGUCCAGUUUGUUUCAGUGCCACAUCUUCCGUUUGCUUUACAUUUCCACAGUGACCUUCCAUUUGGGGAUCCACUCACGGACACAGAGGGAGUACAUGGGGGGUGGGAGUGGGUUCAGCACCACACUUUACAGAUGAACAAACUGAGCCCCAGAGAUGUUGAACAACUUCUCCAGGUUCACACACCUGAACAGGACUGAAACAUAGCUCUUCCGACUUCUGGCCCCUGUGCUUUUUUCUUAACCACAUUCAUGUUAUAAAUAUUUGUGUAGUCAGAUUAUCUUGUAAAAUCUGAUUGUAACCUGGACUGAAUAAUAUCUCUGUAAACUAAGAUGGUAGAAGCUCAUUGUCAUGUGGGUCUUGGGGAACAAACAGGUAUCUAUGUUGUGUUGUAUUGUUAUAGUGACCUGUUACGUAUUUCCCAGGAAUGUCCAAAGUGAUCAGAGCUACUAGAUGACUUAUUUAAGAUGUUCAGAUUCCACACCUUCAUUCCUCCUCUCCCAGCAACUGGUACACCCCCGUGUUUGAGAACAGAACCACCCUCAACCUAGACCACAUUAGAGUUUGUUGCAUUAGUGAUUGGAUCCCCUCAUGAAAAUUAUUUUGUCCAAUGGCAGGAGAGCCAUAUCUGAGCUACCCAGGCUCAAGACAGGGAAUCAUUGCUGGUUUACAUUUCUGCUCUUUCUAAUUCAGUUGUCUACGGCAUGCAGACAUCCCCUCCUCCCCUGAUUCCUUCAUUCUGGAUGGCCAAGGCCAUCUUUGCCUUGUCUAAUUUCUCUCCCUGUACCCCAAGACAUCUCCUCCCAUUGAUCUUAACUAGAGUCUGCUGUCCUUGGGCAUUUUCUGCAGCUCAGUGCUGCCCUUUUAUCUCUACUCACUUCGAGAUUUUCCUCCCUUUUGUCCCUCAUUCCUAGAGUCCAAUUUUUGUAUAUUGUCCUGGAUUAGGACAGCUGACAGCUUCACACCAAAGCUGAAAUCUCCCGUUUAAUCCUAAACAAGAGGACUAGAGGAGAACCCAAGUCCCCUUCCCAUAUCAAGGGGCAUAGGUUACCGGGGGGUGAAGGUCUCUAAUAGUCCCGCUCAUCUUUCAGAGUUUAAAUUAUAGUCAGGCCUAAGAAGCUCUCAUUUGUGACUGAGUGUAUUUGCAUAGACAUAUCAGUUAAAAUAAAAGCACCCAUUCCACCGAGGUGUCCCGAGAAGACUUUUUGUCAUUCUCUUUUAUUCUAUGGGAUGGAUUUUUUCGGAUGUGGGUAGAUAGUAUCAAACACGCACACACACGGACAUACACACCACUGUGGAGUCCCAAAGUACCAUGCAAAAGAAUAGGCUGUUCACUUGAAAAUUCACAACUGAAUUUCUUAAGUGGAAACAUUCGAAUCGUGCAUUCUUUUUUAUUGUUGUUUCAAGAAAAAAUGGUGAGAAUACUACAUUGUAACUGGAGAAUACAAGUAGGACUUAUAUAAUGAUAAGAUUAAUCUAAUUUACCUUGAGUACACUUCUCAUUUGGGAGAACUUAUUUAAUUGGUAACUUAAUUUGGGUGGAGAGGCAUUCUAAUUGGAGUUGAUUACUGUGGGAUUUCUAGAUACACUAAGAUUCAUUGUGAGUUGCAGUAACACAUGCUAUAAAUUUGGGUAAUUUUAAGUCACAUGAACAAUUUGGAUAUUUUUAUCCCAACUACAAGGAAUUUGCUGAGAAAUGUUCAUUAACUGGCACAGGUUGGAUUUUAUUUGGAAAACCCUUGGGGCUGUGUCAAAGACAGUUGGAAAUUGAAUAGUGCUAAUGGCAAAAAAAAAGUGCUUAAUAUAUUAGAGCUGCCAUGGAGACCUGCAGUGGCUGGCAGUUCACCCUGGUACUUGGAUGAUUCACAGUAGUUGUGAGUCAUCACUCUGCCGAAUGGGAAUUUUUGGUUUAGAAUGGAACAAAUCAUCUUGACCUUUUUGGCAACAACCUACACAGAAAUAUGGAUAAACGAACUGAUCUCAAAAAUGCAUCUCUGUUCAUCAUUUGGGGGUAAAACCAGAUGAAAAUCCUAUGGCAAAUGAUGAAUUUAUCAAAAAUGAACAAGGAACCGGUGGCAUAAGAAUGUAGGAGUGUGGUAGAUUUAGUAUGUCAGAGAUGGGAGCAGAGAGCAAUCAUUAGAGUGAAGCAGAGGGUCUCACGUUUGUCACCUGUUCUUGUGUAUCCCAAAGUCCCUUGUAUAAUAAAUCCUUUGUGUGUUCAACUGUCA